CAUCCGUCAUCUGAUCAGAGAGGAGGAACUGAUAGUAGGUGUGGGCAGAUGAGGGUCGACAGCGUCUACUUUGUGAGAAGAAUUGGUAUCUGGACUUUGUAUACUCAUUAGAUCGAACCAUUACAACAUGACAGAGCGAGGUCCUGGAGGUCAUACAGACCAUCUGGAUCACUUGCAGAACGAUGUGAGCGAGGUGACCUCACUUCUUCGACAGAAUGUAGAGAAGGUGAUUGUCCGCGGAGACAAGAUAGAUGACCUCCAGGAGAGGUCAGAGGAUUUGGAGUCGGGCUCCAUCAACUUCAAGAAGACAUCGGUACGACUCAAGAAGAAAAUGUGUUGGCAGAACUGUAAGAUGAACUGUAUUAUUGCCUUCGUCGCUGCUGUCAUCGUCAUCAUCAUCGUCAUCAUCAUUGUUGUUGAAGUAAAACCUGGAGGCUCUGGAGGGGGAGGACAUCACAACAGCACACUCAACAAAUGCUUCAACUGCUAGCUUGACCUCAUGUGGAAGGAGGUGUAUGGAAGAGCUGAGACAAUAUCGUUACAUGCUGAACAUAGGGGUUUUGUGCAUUUCUUUCUCAAAACACUUUUUUCCCAGGUUUUUCAUUGGUAUUUAUGGAUGGCUGUGACACUUAGAGUUGUCUGAUGUUUCCUGAACAUUGAUACUUACAUAUAUACAUUAGCAAUGACAUAUUCUAAGAUAUAUUGAAUGGGAGCUGAGAAAUGUUUUUAACAAAUGUUAUAUUUGGGACAAUGGAGUUAACUGACUAUAAAAGUCCAGUUUCCACCCUGGCCAACCUAGGCUGGUAUUAUGGAGUCAUAUUUUGGCCGGACAAACGAGUCUAUGCAUAGUCCAAUCAAAAUCAUGUAACAAAAUCAAAAUUCGGUUUCGUAAACUUUUGUGCAGAUUUCGGUCGAUUGCAGGAUUUGCAAAGCAUGUGCACCGCCAACUCGGCGUUAACAGAUAUUUUCCAAAUCUUUUCAUUUUUUUAAUCAAUGUGCUCACAUGAUUUGUUGCACUUCACAAUGUAAGACCAAUUUUAUCACAAUAUAGAUCUUGAUUAUCGAUCAGAUCGUCUUGACUGGAAACUGCGAUUUUGUAUGAAGCAAAUGCAAGUUAUGCAAGGGGUAGAUAACACUUUUUUAAUGUUCUGUACUACGUAAUGGCAGUGUUGAGAUCACUUGGAUACAAUUGCUUCUGCAUGGCUUUUAGUUCAUUGUGUGGGUGUUCAGAGAAUUACACAAUUCGUAAUCAGCAUCACUCACAUAUUUGUAUACUCCCAAGGGAGCUGAGAAUGAAAAUCAAGUGCACACUGAUCCAUUGACAUGCACCGAGCAUAGAGAAGAUAUUACCUGCAUCUUUGUCACGCUGAUGUUAUUGUGAUACUUGUUUUGCUCGGGAAAUAAGAAAUUUAUGACAUGUUUGGUGUAAUCAAUCUUUAUCACACCCUUGUUGUUAUCGCUAUUUUUGUUACUGUGUACAUUUGUCUGUAGGUCGGGCGUUCGAUUCCCGGUUGUGUUGUACCAAAAAGAUGGUACUUGUUGUUACCCUGCCUGACCCUCAACAUUAAGGGGCUAAAAGAAGGACUGGUCGGCUCGGGGUCAGUGUACUGUGUCUGAGUGGGGUAUUCAUGUUAAACUGCGUCAUAGUAUCUUAGUUGGCUAGCACUAUAAGAUCAGCAUUUAUAGCCCGGACUAGUACAAGCAGUCACACACACCCACACACACACACUUGUGUGCACGUCACUUUAUAAUUGCAACAGUCUUCAAUGCGACAUUAAACCCCAUUUCACCUCACGUCACAUUUGUCUGUGCGUGACAGUGUAUGUUUUGUUAUAUCCAUCAUGUAAUCCUAUUUAAUGUUGUGGUUACAUAAUGUCAGGAAAGUGCAAUUCUGUGUCUUUGUGAUAGUCAUGUUGGUAGAUUCCUUCAGAUGUGUGUCUUUUGACACAAUGAAUACAUGGAGGUUAUCAUGCCUGUGUGUUUUGGAACAGCCAAUAUCUUGUGUUAGGAAUAUUUAGUGAGCCUUUUCCUAAUACAGGAUAUUUAACAUCCCAAAAUAAAACAAGAGGGCACGGUUGGCCCAGUCGUCUAAGGCGCCACGAUUUGCUGUGCAGAGUUGCGUGUCUUGGUCAUGCCAGAAACCUAUUAUUGUGGGUUGGAAUCCCAGCUGCCCUGUUUACGUUUCUUGGUUUGUCAGCACCAUACCUGUGCUCGUGGGUUUCACCGAAGUGGUACACGUCUGAGACCUGCAUCACUUUGGCCUUUCCUCCCACAUUAAGCUGACACGUAUGAUAUAACUGGAAUACUGUUAAAAGCUGUGUUAAACCCAACUCACUCACUCACACCAAAAUACACAAGCAUGGUAACCUCUUUGUCAUGUAAUAUCAUUCUUAGUUCUUUCGCAGAAAAAAGUUUUCUCAUCUCUCACAAACGGUACCUGAACAUUAAAAGUUUUUUUCUGGAAAGUGUGAAUUAAUAUGUUACUUCACAAGGCCAGUGAUAAAACUGUCUACUAAAUAACUUCCGAUUUGAACUGUCAUCAAUUAUCCAAGUAAUUUGUCAAGAUGGCCGAUGGUUUAUUCUUUCAUGAUUGCCAUUACACAAAGACAAGGGCAGGACAUUGUUUGUAAAUACUGAAAGUAGUACCUACCUGCCCCUUUCUAUUUGCAUAUUUAUCCAAAUGACCCCGAAAGUUACCAUUUCUACCCAUUGGCUUUGUCCGGAUGAAAGUACUACAUAUACAGUCCAACACGUUGUGUCACACAUGGGGUUGUCUGGAAGUAAAAGUUUGGACCCUCCCCGUUCCUUCUUUCAUCAUCAUUGUCAUUUGUUUCGAACCUCGGAUAACUCGAAGUAUUUACGUAGGGCCCUUCGACACAAUGGUGUUUGACUGUAAUAAGCAAUUUAUCUGAGAGUUUUGUGUAAGUUUUAAAUUUUGUUUAUUCUCAGUAGCUUUGUUAGUAUUAAGGUAGAUUCAUUUACGUUGAUUUGCGUUCAAAUAUUGUGCCUUGAUCAUUGGCUGAUUUUGUAAUGAAUACAUGUACCUUUUUAAUGCUUUUGUGACAUUCAUGUGCCAAAGUGACAUUCAUGUUUUUAUGUAGCAUUUGAAAAAAUAACCCAGCUGACUUUUUGUAAUUUGGGCAGUGAGGCCAGACAAUGUUUUGUUUUGAAGAUUUUUACCAUCAGAAAUUGGUGGGUGCGGCCUAGUUCCUACAUUGUGGAGGUGUCCUAGCUUACUUUUUCAAGAACUGAUAUCCAACAUUGGUCUGCUCCCUACCAGGGGUGUGUUCUGAAGCUAGUUUGUUUACUUUGUUCACGGGAUCACAUGUUUUUCUGUGUUUCUCAAACAAGUCGAUUCUUGUAACUUGUACAAUAUGGUACUAAGACAUCUUCCCGAGGCAAGGGAGGUAACUCACCAUAGAAGUCAAGUUUUCACCCUUGCUGAACUGAAUGUCUGAGUUACGGCAGGGCUAACGAGUCUGUGCAUAGCGCAAUCAAAACCGCGUAACAAAAUCGACAUCCAGUUCUUAAACUUGCAUGUAGAUUUAGGUCGAUUGCAGGAUUUGCAAAACUUGUACCGUCAACUUGGCAUUGACAGAUAUUUUCCAAAUCAGUUAAUGUUUUUAAUCAAGGUGGUCAAGUAAUUUGAUACACUCCACGAUGUAAGACCUGUUUUAUGACAUGAGUCUUGAUUAUCGAUCAUAUCGUCAUAACUUGGGGCCGCCAUUUUGUUUGAAGCAAAUGGAAGUAAUAUGAUAAGUGGAAUCUGAUUGGUCAAUAGGAGGGACAUAUAAGGGACAUAAUUCAAAACAGCCACUAGUGGCGCUACGAUGGAGCCACGAAAUUCCAGCCUAGUUCAGCAAGGUGGGAACUGGACUUUUGCAGUCAGAUAUCUCCCUUGCCUCAGGAAGAAAGGGAGCUCCUGACAAGAAGAUGAACAUAUCAUUCAUGUUUGCAGAAAUUCUGUUAUCUUCAUUGAUUGAGUUUUUACUGUACAGAUGACAUGGCCAAUUCAUCAAAUAUCAUGAAUAUGUCCCUUUCAGAGUCCUGGGACUAAUAACACACUGUGCCAAUAACUUUGAAGCCUUCUAGCCCUAACUUGCAUUUAGGUGUAAUUAUCCCCCGCCGCGCGAAAGCGCGAAGCGGGGGAUAUAGUAUUCACGACCGUCCGUACGUACGUCCGUACGUCCGUCCGUACGUCCCACCUGUUUGUUGCCGCGAUAUCUCAAGAACUAAACACUGGAUUGUCUUCAUAUUUGGAACUAUGGUGUAUAUACAGACUCCGCAGACACCAGUCGGUUUUGGUGACCUUGAUCCCAUUUUCAAGGUCACAGCAGGCAAAUCUGCUUUUGGAGUUGGAAAACGGUGUUGCCGCGAUACCUCAAGAACUAAACACUGGAUUGUCUUCAUAUUUGGAACUAUGGUGUACAGGCGGGGGAUAUUUCGUCACUCUGUGACAAAUACUUGUUUUCAGUAGGUUUUAGUCUUUGUACAUGGACUACUAUGGUCUUAUUUUACUAAACCUGAAGAAAUUUGACUAUUCUUGGGCUUCGGACUUGUAGCUGAGGUUGCAGACUGCAGAGUUCAUUUUUAUCAAAGAUGCAUGUGUUUGACCUGUGGCUGUGAUGAAAUAAACAUUCCAGUAACAAGACCCAGACUUAAAUUGUUGAUGUGCCACUCAACUGUAGAACAAGGGGAGAUAAUCAGGGCUGACUGAGGAACCUCAUUAUUGUAGGUUCAUGGACCCUCUGUCUGUAUGUGACCCAUUCCAAGGUCUGUCCAGUAGGAUCAAUUCUCUUAAAGAAAUACUGUGAAAGUUGUCUUCAAUACUGUUAUCAAUACACGUUUUGGGAAUAUUGAAAACGAAGUACUCUUCCUCUGUGAGCCCCCCCUCCCCAAUCUUGACCCUGGCACAAGUUUAGGUGCCCCACCUUCCCUCCUGAUUGCCAUCCCCCUUCGCCUGUGAUGAAGAUGGGUCUCCAUUGACUUUGGAUGUUUUCACUGUAACAAUGUCAGGUUAUGAUACAAUAAUAUUUUGAUACAAUUUUUACUGAUUGAAAUAAAACAAUAAUAUUUUUUAA